AUGCCAGUUGCCUGCUAUGGGAGCGUGGCCGGGGACAUCCAUGAUCAAGAUGAUGCAGAGCUUGAGGCAACUGGAUAUCAGAGAGAGAUGCCUCGGCAGUACUCCAUGAUGUCACUCCUCGCAUUGGCAUACGCGCUUAUAUGUACCUGGAAUGGGUUUGGAAGUGCAUUGGGGACUGGCCUGAGAACAGCCUCAACCGCGGGGAGCAUUUUCAUGCUUCUACCAGCGGCAGGUUUCAUUGGUGUAGUCUCUCUCGGAAUGGCAGAGCUUACUUCUGCGUACCCAGUAGCCUCGGGUCAGUUCUACUGGGUUUAUGCUCUCUCCCCGCCAGAAUGGGCCCCAUUUGCAUCAUAUAUGACUGGUGUUAUUAGCGUGAUUGGCCUUUGGCUUGGAGGAGCCAGCACUUACAACUUUAUUUCGGGGAUGACACUUUCCAUAGCACAAUUCAUACACUCCGACUAUGAGAUUGAGGCAUGGCACAAGUAUCUUGUCUAUGUCGCAGUAGUUUGGCUGUCUGCGGGGAUUAAUAUCUUUGGGUCCCGCGCGCUCCCCAGUUUUAACAAAUUUAUAUUUUCCUUUUCUCUAGCAACUUUUAUAAUCAGUGUGGCUGCUAUGCUGGCGGGAUCGUACCCAAAUUAUCGGCCUGCAAGAUGGGUGUUCACGGACGUUACAGACUCAACUGGAUGGGGUGGCAACGGCGUUUCGUUGAUUUUCUGUUUUAUAAACGCCCUCUAUGGCUUUCUAGGGACCGACGCCGGUGUUCAUAUGACAGAGGAGAUCCCCAAUCCAUCAGUGAAUGGGCCAAAAGUUAUCCUAUAUCCAGUAUUGAUUGGCUUAAUGACUGUUGUCCCCUUCGCCUGCACUUGCAUGUUUGUAAUUAAGGACAUGGAUGCGAUCCUCCACGCACCGAGCGGUCUCCCACUUAUUCAGGUUUAUUACCAAGCUACUCAAAGCUCUACUACCACUGUCCUCCUGAUGGUCGCUUUUACCGUUUGUUUCUUUGCGUGCGGUGUUGCAAAUAUGACUGGGGCUUCCCGUCAGAUAUGGUCUGCAGCCCGGGACGAAUGCUUUCCACUAUCAGAGUACUGGAAGAAAAUCAAUCCGACUUACCAAAUGCCGCUAAAUGCGGUGCUCGUUCAAGCUGUCUUCAAUACCGCAUACGGACUUAUCUUCCUUGGAUCCCAAGUAGCCUUUUCGUUGAUGGUUAGCGCCUCCAUCAUCUUUCUUGUCGGCUCUUAUGUUAUACCCCAGGCUAUACUCACGUUCAGGAACCGGGAAAGGCUACUGCCUCCGCGUGCUUUUGAUCUUGGGCGGUGGGGAUAUAUCGUGAACAUGAUGUCCACUGUUUGGACUCUGUUUCUUUGUAUCGCCUGUUGUAUUCCUACGGAGCUUCCAAUUACCAAGAGUAAUAUGAAUUAUAAUAGUGUCGUGGCCCUGUCGCUCCUUGCACUUGCUUAUGCAGGUUGGAUCUACUCAAGGAAAGGGGUGUUUAAAGGUCCCAAAAUUGAUACACAAUUGUUAUACAAUGCCAGGGUAAAGGCUUUGCAGGCUACGGACGAACAGAUCGAUGAGCGGACCUAUCUUAUACAACACAAUUCCGCCUAUGUUGAUUUUUAG